AUGGCAGUGAUGGCCCAUGGAGACUUGAAAGAAAUUGUGUUUGUCAUCCAGAGUCAAAGUAACCCUUUUCAUGUCAAGAGAGCAGAGCAGUUGAAAAGGAGCAUCUUACAGCAGGCUGCGAAUCUGACAAAGGAUCUCCCUAGAGUCCUCUUUCUCCAUCAGUUGUCGAAGCAGGAAGGUGCAUGGACCAUCCUUCCCUUGUUACCGAACUUUUCUGUAACGUAUAGCAAGAAUUCAGCGUGGAUCUUUUUCUUGGAAGAAGAGACGAGAAUACAAAUUCGCAGACUCCUAGAAACACUCAGGCGAUAUGACCCAUCUAAGGAAUGGUUUUUAGGAAAAGCAUUGUACGAUGAGGAAUCCACCAUCAUUCACCAUUAUGCCUUCUCGGAGAAUCCUUCAGCCUUUAAAUAUCCCGACUUUGCUGCUGGCUGGGCCCUUAGUGUUCCACUUGUAAACAAGCUUGCCAAGAGGUUAAAGAGUGAGCCCCUGAAGUCUGAUUUCACGAUAGAUUUAAAGCAUGAGGUUGCCCUCUACAUCUGGGACAAGGGUGGAGGCUCUCCCCUCACUCAUGUGCCUGAGUUUUGUACAGACGAUGCUGGCUCCCACUGUGCCACCACGUUCCAUUCUUUUCUGCCACUUUGUGGAACACCAGUGAGUAAGGAGGAGAUUUUUGUUGCAGUGAAAACAUGCAAGAAAUUUCACGGUGAUAGAAUACCCAUUGUAAAGAAGACGUGGGCGGCACAGGCAAGCCUUAUCGAAUACUACAGUGACUAUGCAGAAAGUCCCAUUCCCACUGUGGACCUGGGGGUUCCCAAUACGGACAGAGGUCAUUGUGGGAAAACCUUUGCCAUUCUGGAAAGAUUUUUGAACCACAGUCAUGACAAAGUGGCAUGGUUAGUCAUCGUGGAUGAUGACACAUUAAUCAGCAUCUCCAGGCUCCGACAUUUGCUUAGCUGCUACGACUCCAGUGAUCCAGUGUUUCUGGGUGAGCGCUAUGGCUACGGACUGGGCACAGGAGGCUACAGCUAUGUCACAGGAGGAGGCGGCAUGGUCUUCAGCAGGGAAGCCAUCCAGAGACUUCUUGCCAGCAGCUGCCGGUGCUACAGUAACGACGCUCCCGAUGACAUGGUCCUGGGAAUGUGCUUCAGUGGGUUGGGAGUUCCUGUGACACACAGUCCCCUCUUCCAUCAGGCUCGGCCAGUAGAUUACCCAAAGGACUACCUCUCCCAUCAGAUCCCUAUAUCAUUUCACAAACACUGGCACAUUGACCCAGUGAAGGUGUAUCUCACGUGGCUGGCACCCAGUGAGGAAGACAGCUCCACACAGGAGACACAGAAGGAUCCAAGAGAAGAAUUAUAGAACAGAGCCUGGGGGAGCAGAUAAAGAGAUGCAUUCCAUCGGCUGAGCUGUGCUCCAGCUGCUUGUGUAUGCCACGUGAAAUAGACACUUCUCAGCCUUCUUGAACAUGGGUGGACUCAAAGGGGAGACUGGGGGAAAUCACUUGUUUUGAUUUUUGUCGUUAUUGUAACAGUGAUUAAUUACUGUACUUUUUUUUUGGGGGGGGAUGUGACUCAACAUCUUUGUUACUGUCACAGGAAAUAAAUGGUACCUGAAUUUUC